AUGAGAAACGAUACUACCUUGUCAGAAGAUCUCGUGAAUUCGCCAGCAUCUGCAAAAGCAUCGCGUUCUGUCAGUGCAGAUGCGAUCAGUAUUCCGGAGAAAGAAGAGGCUAAAAAAGCUCGUGAUCAAAGCAUUCCGCUUGAGACAGCUCCAGCUACAGCUAGCUGGAAAUCUUCUAAAACCAAUGAAGAGGUGAUCGGUAUUCCCGCAACCGUCACGUUCCCUAUUGUCGGCAGUGCUCCUCCUGUCGCCAACAAGACUCAUGCUUUCACUGAAGCUUUUGCCGUCUCCAAGGGUUCUGCAGCUCCGAAGGCUACUGUUGUCACUAAGUUCUCCGUUAAAGACAAUACAACUACUGUCAGCAAUGUUUCUAUAAUUGCCGAAGAUUGUGCUGCCGACAAAGCUCCUGCCCUCAUCCAAAAAACCGCUGCAUCCGAUACUUUGACUAAAACCACGGUUUCCGUUCCUGCCAAAAAUGCCCAGAUGUCUACUGUAGAAAAGUCUCUUGUUCAGGAAAAAGCUGUUCCUAUCGCGCACUCUUCUGCUCCAUCUGGAGAAUCUGUUGCCGCCAAAACUAAGGCUUCUGUCCAGGCCUCUUCCUCUGUUAUUUCUACUGUUAUGGUAAAAGCUCCUGCUACCACUGAAGCUCCUGUAUCCACCAAUGAAGGAGCAUUGCCUUCUAAGGCUACCAGAAAGAACAAGAACAAAAACAAAAAAUCAAAAAAUGAGCCAAAAGACGACUUCUCUGCUGAAUUGCCCAACAAAGCAGAUAAAAAGUUGGAAGAAGUCAAACUAAACUUUUCAACAAAAUUCGAAGUUUACAAGAAGAAAAUGGAUAAUGAACGUCGGUUCCAGCUCGCUUUUGAGAAAGAAAAUUUUCAAUCACACGAUCUUCAAAUGAAGAUUUAUGAGUGCUUAAAGCAGACACAUCCAUUUGACAUCCACCUGAGAAGAAAAGAAAUCGAGGAAAAGCUGAAGGAACGGAUAAUUCACUACAGAAAUUCCAAAUGCUUUGAGUACCAAAUCAUGGAAUAUGUAAUGGAGACAUUGAGUAAUUGUAAAAUGGACCUCAUAACCGGAGACUGCCUGUACCUUUACUCGGAUACAAGUCUCUCAGAGAAAAAGUUGCGUGCUCUUGAGCAACAAUACCUGAGAAUGGUAGAGUCUUGUAAAGAUUGGAUUGGCAAUAGCGAACGAGAAUGUGUCCUGACCAUGGAAGAAUUAAAGAUGAACCCCGUGAAACUUUGUGAUGAAAGUUGGUACGAUCAUUUCGUGACGUACAUGAACCGUCAGGCACUACUACGAAAUAAUGACCGCCCGUCUAAUAUCCCGGAAAUAAAGAUAGAAGAACUCAUUUCUCAAAUGUACGAUGAAGAGUGUUUCGUCUACAAGCUAUUUUCCGAUUUUCAAGGACCUGUUGAAUGGGAUCCACUGACCACUAAGAUUUUCAUCAAGAUGCGCCUCAAUAAUUUGGAUAAUUUAUCAACUAUUUCUGUAGAGGAGCGAGAACAGUUCAAGGAGUUUUACACUUUUCUAUUAGCCACAAAAUCCUCAAUUGUAGAUUUUGAUAUUUUCCAAAUGUUUGGUAGAGUGUCGACGCAAGAUUUGAGCAAAUUUAAAACUGAGCCUUAUGUAGAGAAUUCGCUUUUUAUUUUGUUUUUCAAUUAUCCUCACCCUCAGGUGUAA